UUCCAUCUAAUUUGUCGUAUGACACCAUAUCCACAUCCUCAAAAUCUUCAGCCCACAAAAUUAACGGUAUCUUGUGGAUGGGUCUUCCAUUGGGUUAACAAGCCUGAGGCAAAAGAACUAUUUGACUUUUUAAAUUCUUAUCUUAAACUUCCAGACCGUCGGGCUCUUAGUGAACAAAUUUUGGAGACAACCGUUUCUGAAGGAGACAAAGCAAUGCAUGAAGCACUUCGUGAAGAUCCAAUCGGUAUUACUCUAACAUUUGAUGGAUGGACAAAUGUAAAAAAUGAGCAAUUAUUAGGGAUAAUGAUUAUUACUUCAGAAGGAAAACCAUAUGUAUGGAAAGCGACAGACAUUAGUAUAGAAAGAGAAUCUCACCUUGAAGUAAUGGAAAAAACAAAAGUCAUGAUCGAUGAGCUAGAAAAUAUGAAAGUAAAGGUCUCAGUGGUUGUGACAGAUAGUGCUAGUCCAUAUGCAGCAUCCAGAGAAGUAUUCAAAGAAAUGACUGAUUUGAAAACUACAAUGGAUCGAGGAAUUCGUUUAGCUUCUUAUUUCAAAAACGCAAAUAACAAAUAUUUUAUUGCAAAACUACAUGAUCAACAAAAAAUAACAUAUAAUAAGUAUUAUGGAAUAGCGGCCCCAGGAGAGACUCGGUGGAAUAGCUACUAUACAGUAGUAACAAGUCUUUUGCAAACUCAACAAGCCUUACAGGUAUAUAUAUAA